CACGGAAGUAGAUAUGACUAUCCAAUUAUUGUUUAUGUCUCUUUCUGGCCCGUGGAAAACAUCAUUUGACAAGCAAUAUGUAGUUGAGUAUCGCCUAUAUUCCAAAUACAGAGCGACCUUUGUUGUUUGAAAAAAAAACUGUGAUGUCGGCAAUCGUAAAAGUUGAAAUAAAACAAGAGGAGGAAUUAAAUGAAUGUAUUGAGGAGAAGGUUUUCCUUAACAAUGAGGUCUCUGAAACAAUAAAACUGGAACUUGAGGGGGCGCAUUCUUCUAAUGCGACACGUAAUUGGAAAGAAGAAGGUAAAGUGCUGCAAGAAAAUGAAUUUGUCGGUGAUAUGUACAAAUGUUCAACAGGUGAUUCCACAACUAAUAACAAACUCUGCUUUAAAAGACGUCUAAUACCGAAAACGAACAAGGAUUUAAAAUGUGCUCAGUGUGAUUACGUAACCCAUAGUAAAUCCCACUUGACAGAUCAUCUCCUGACACACAAGAUUCUCAAGGAUUUAAAAUGCCAUCAGUGUGACUACGCAACCAAUAAUAAAUACUACUUAAAGAGGCAUUUGUUAACUCAUAAGGCUGCCAAGGAUUUAAAAUGUGAUCAGUGCGAUUACGCGACCAAUAAUAAGUCCCACUUUAGACAGCAUCUCGUGACCCACAAAAUUUUCAAAGAUUUAAACUGUGCAGAGUGUGAUUACGCAACCAACAAUAAAUCCCACCUUAGGGAUCAUCUCCAGACACAUAAGGCUUUCAAGGAUUUAAAAUGUACACAGUGUGAUUAUACAACCAACGGUAAACGCAAUUUGAGAACUCAUCUGUUAACGCACGAGUUUUCUAACCAAUUGAAAUGUGUCCAGUGCGAUUUUACAUCCACGUACAAAUGCAGUUUGAAAAAACAUCUGUUGUCACACAAUCCUACAAAGUUUUUCAGAUGUGUACAAUGUGAUUUUGCAACAAACUCUAGAUCUACCUUUAACAAACAUCAGUUAACACACAGCACUGUGAAGGAUUUAAAAUGCAAUAAUUGCGAUUACGUAACUAAUAAUAAAUACUACUUGAGAAGGCAUUUGGUAACACAUACGGCAGCUAAAGAUUUAAAAUGUGCUGAGUGUGAUUACGCAACGAAUAACAAAGCCCACUUUAAAGAUCAUCUCCUGACACAUAAGAUGUUCAAAGAUUUAAAAUGCAAUGAGUGUGAUUACGCAACCAAUAAUAAAUACUACUUAAGAAGUCAUUUGUUAACGCAUAAGGCUGCUAAGGAAUUAAAAUGUGCUCAGUGUGAUUACGCCACUAAUAAUAAAUCCCACUUUAGACAGCAUCUCCUGACACAUAAGAUUUACAAGGAAUUAAAGUGUGCCCAUUGUGACUACGCAACCAAUUAUAAACCCCACUUUAGAUAUCAUCUGCAGACACACAAGAUUUUCAAGGACUUGAAAUGCGCCCAGUGUGAUUACGCAACGAAUAAUAAAUCCCACUUUAGAGAUCAUCUCGUGACCCACAAGAUUUUCAAGGAUUUUAAAUGUGCCCACUGUGAUUACGCAACCAACCGUAAGAGCACUUUGAAAACCCAUCUGUUAAAACACGAGUCUUCCAACCAGUUUAAGUGCGUCCAGUGUGAUUUUGCCUCCACUUAUAAAUCCAGUUUGAAAAAUCAUCUCUUUUCGCAUAUUCCUGUAAAGUAUUUAAAAUGUGCACAAUGCGAUUACGCCACUAAUUCUAGGCCCAUCUUUAAAAAACAUCUGUUAACACACAGCGCUGUGAAGAAUCUAAAAUGCUAUCAUUGCGAUUACUUAACUAAUAAUAAGUACUACUUAAGAAGACAUUUGUUAACACAUAAGGUUGCCAAGGAUUUAAAAUGUGCUCAGUGUGAUUACGCUACGAAUAAUAAAUCUCACUUUAGAGAUCAUCUACUAACACACAAGAGUUUCAAGGAUCUAAAGUGUACACAGUGUGAUUAUGCAACCAACUAUAAACGCAACUUGAGAACUCAUCUUUUAAAACACGAGUCUUCCAAGAAUUUUAAAUGUGUCCAGUGCGAUUUUGCAUCCACUUAUAAAUCCAGCUUGAAACGACAUCUGAAAAUGUGUCCAGUGUAAUUACAAAACAAAUAAUUUUUUUGUAGAUGUGUUAACAUUUCAUUUGACAUAUUAUUUUUUUCUAGUAUAGACAGACGUUAUUGAAUUAAAAAAAAAACCUUUCUUCCCGGCACACUAAUAUAUUUAUAAAAGGUGGACAAGAAUGAAGUAAACA